AUGGGGAGGGUCACCCGAGAGCGGCCCCGCGGGCACUUUGGACGAGGGCGGAGCCGAGGGAAGGUCGAAUUUUUUUAAAAAAGGAGAAAUAUAGGCUGGAUUGGCCAAUGGGAGUGGCCGGAGGCUAGAGGAGGCGGGAGCGAGAGAAGACGUGACAGGCGUGCGAGCCAAUGAGGGAACGGGGGGCCGGCCGUCUGGAGAGCACGGACACGUCUCAGGCAGGCAGGACGGAGGCGGCGGCCGGGCUCCAGGCAGUGUGCAGCGGGCCGGCGAGAGAAGCAGUUCCGGCCGCCUCCCUCCCUCCCCGUGGAUGCUGAGCGAACAGACGUCAACACCCUGUUGCCAGGAGUCGGAGCUAAUGCGGAGUGAAUGUUCCUGGAGCUGCAGGACUGAGCUGGACCAAACUUGACAAUCUACCUGCCCCCACCUUAUCAACCCCGGUGCUGGAAGCGUGGGUUUUCUCUGCCUCGAGCAGCAGGGAUAGCAAGGCUCGUGCAGCACCCCACAUCUUCUCCAGCACCACAGGUUCAAGAUGAACCACGGCGAUCACAUGGCACACAUGGGCCAUAACAUGAAUGGGUCGGCAGUGCCCACAACCGAUCCUCACGCACACCACCACACAACGGAGAUGGCAGGACACGGGCACGGAGCAGGGAUGAUGAUGAUGGAUAUGACCUUCCACUUCAGCUACAAGAACGUGCCUUUGCUUUUCUCGGGGCUUGUUAUCAACACGGCCGGAGAAAUGGCCGGGGCAUUUGUGGCCGUCUUCUUCCUGGCCAUGUUCUACGAGGGCCUGAAGAUCGCCCGCGAGAGUCUGCUCCGGAAGUCCCAGGUCAGCAUCCGCUACAACUCCAUGCCUGUCCCGGGACCCAACGGCACCGUCCUGAUGGAGACACACAAGACAGUGGGGCAGCAGAUGCUGAGCUUCCCUCACCUCUUCCAGACGGUCCUGCACAUCAUCCAGGUGGUGGUCAGCUACUUCCUCAUGCUCAUCUUCAUGACCUACAAUGCCUACCUCUGCAUCGCCGUGGCGGCGGGGGCGGGGACCGGCUACUUCUUCUUCAGCUGGAAGAAGGCGGUCGUCGUGGACAUCACAGAACACUGCCAUUAAUGCCGGGUGGGUGGCGGUGGCGGGACGCAGCCGUCUCUCCCUGCAGCCCCUGCCAAGGACAAGCUUCAGCCCCAGGCCCGUUGGGAGCCGCACCGAGAAUCUGCGGGGUGCUGUCUCGCUCGGCUUCUGGGGGCGACCCCUAGGCCUCACUCCCCACGUCUUCCCCUCCUCCCCCAGGAGGGGGACCAGUGACGAGAGAGGCGCUCUUUCCCCUAGGACAGCCUCCUUAGGACGGCUGGCAUAUACGCUAGAUGCAAUUAGCCUCUUUGAUCUUUGGUUUUUUCAGACUCAUGAUGGAAAGGAGCUGCCGGGCUCACAGAGAUGAUUCCACACUUGUGCAGAGUCCAUUAAGCAGCGGGUGCUUGGAUCUGUGGGGAGGGCGGAGCGGGGCUGGUUCUGCUGGCGACUGGAUGGUCACACUCUGUCUACAGUGGCAGGCAGUAGGCAAGCCACAGCCCUUCACAGUGAUGCGACAGAGGCCUGUUGUGCCAUCUGGUUCCUGCUCUCUGGUUCCCUCCGGGCCCAGCUCUCUGGGUGUUUCCCAGACUAGGCAGAGGCAUUGGCCCGGCCCUAGACCUAGGUCUGGGCAGGCGCUCUCUUGCUUCAGCAGGCCCCUAGUGCCUACUCUCCCAGAACAGCCGUGGAUAUCAGCUGUGGGUAAGCUUGGGGACAACGUGCCGUUAUCAUUGACCCGCUCAUUGUGAAACGUGCAAAAUGAAACACGCAUUAAUGAUCUUUUUUUAAUUAUUAAAAAAAGAAGAAUUCUUUUAAAUAAACUGCUGGAACAAG